AUGCCUUCCACACGAACAGGUCGACAGAGCUCUCCGAGCAAGCGGGACGAAAGUCCUUCCAAGACCCGCUUUCAGCCUAUGCGAGGCGCUCGUCUUCGCAGUGCUUCACCAUUCUUUGACACUGCAAGCGCAUUGACCAGCGCUGCGGCAUCAAAAGCAUUGCAAUCUUCCCAGACUUCAUCUCCGUCAAAGUCUGCCCGGUCGUCACCAAGGAAGAAGGUAGCUGCCGCGACCGCUUCACUGCAGCCAUCACGGCGUUCGACACGCUCUCGCUCGCGUUCAGUAGAUCCAGAGAGUUUGUCUGCCAUUGACGAACACUCUUCUUCCCCAUUAAACAGAGAUGUCUCCGAGAUGCCAGACUCAGAGAAGGAGGUCGCACAAUCUAACAGUGUCCGAUUAGACUCUGCAUACACCAACAACGAUGAGGGGAAUGCCAGCCCAGAACCUCAGCUUGCGCCUAUCUUUGAGGAGGCUACUUACACUUCUGCAAGUCUCGCAGCAACAGAAGCGGAAAGUGAUGAGGGUGCACCAAGCUCAAGUUCCAGCUCGAGCUCCGAGAGCGACUCGGACUCAGGCGCCAGCAGCGAUUCGGACGACUCCAGCUCGGAAUCCUCAUCAGAAGAUGAGCAAGAAGAUGAUCCGGCUACGCACUUGGACGCAUUGUUGAAAGCUUCGCAACAAGCGUACAAGAGCCGCGCUCCUGCGCCUGCAGAUCAGAGUCGCUUCGAAGACAACCAGGAUGUCAUCUCAUUCGAUGCUCUCACAGACGGAUUGCAGAGCUCCAAGCGGCCGAGCAAGGCCAUACCUCUAGUAGUCAAAGCCAAGCAUCAAGUCGCCAAGACGCAGCCAGCCGCCUCUAAGGGUCAAGGCUCCAGCAAAGACAAGCUUGACAAGCAGAUCGAAGCCCUCGAUCAGGGAGCUCUUGCAUCAGAGAAGAAGAAGUCAAAGCACGCUCGCACAGUGCAGACCUCUACAGGAUCCAGCUGGUUCGAUAUGCCCGAGUUCGGAGCAUCUGCAUCGCGUCUUGCUGCACUCAAGAAGCAGUCCACAGCUGACAAGGGUCACUCGAAAGCUACUGGUGGCGAUGCUCGACUUGCAUCAGCCGAACAGCUGCGUCGCGAGGUGCAGGCCUUGCGUCUACGAAACGCACUCGACCCGAAGCGCUUCUACCGUUCGUCGGCCAAGAACCAGGCAAUGCCUAAAUUUGCUCAGCUGGGUAAGAUCAUUGCAUCGCCACUCGAGCCCAAGGCAGUCAUGUCUCGCCAGGAGAGAGGUCGAACUGUGGUCGAGGAGCUUAUCCGCGAUGCCGAUGCUGCCUCGUAUGCCAAGCGCAAGUUUUCCGAAUCGCAAGCGAGUCAUCGCUCUAACUACAAUGGGCGUCGCAAGCCUCCAUCAAAGAAGAAGCGAACAUGA